CUAAAAAAUAACAUAUUUCAUAGUAACCAAUCAUUUAUCCUCGAUAAAUUCAGCAAAACCAGUCUUUAUCACACUGACACUCCACGUCGACAAUGGCUGAAGCCUCCCUAGAGCUCCGCCCCUUGGGCAAAACGGGCCUUAAGGUCAGCUGCGUGGGCUUUGGCGCCUCCCCUCUCGGCAACGUUUUCGGGCUCGUCCACGAAUCCGACGCCAUCGCCGCCGUCCGCCGGGCUUUUAGCCUCGGAGUCAAUUUUUUCGACACCUCCCCGUACUAUGGGGGAACAUUAUCCGAAACAAUGUUGGGAAAAGCAUUGAAGGCUCUGGAAGUGCCUCGAUCGGAGUACAUUGUAUCAACAAAAUGCGGGCGGUAUGUAGAGGGUUUUGAUUUUAGUGCCGAAAGAGUGACGAGGAGCAUUGAUGAGAGCCUAGAAAGAUUGCAGCUCGAUUAUGUUGAUAUCUUGCAGUGUCAUGAUAUUGAGUUUGGCUCACUUGACCAGAUUGUGACUGAGACUCUCCCUGCACUUGUUAAACUGAAGGAAUCUGGAAAGGUGAAGUUCAUCGGUAUAACAGGGCUUCCACUGGAAAUUUUCAGUUACGUUCUUGAUCGUGUGACACCUGGGACAGUCGAUGUAAUUCUCUCAUAUUGCCAUUACAGUAUAAAUGAUUCCAGUUUGGAGGAUUUACUGCCUUACUUGAAGAGUAAAGGUGUCGGUAUAAUCAGUGCUUCUCCACUAGCAAUGGGUCUUCUUACGGAAAGUGGCCCUCCCCAAUGGCACCCUGCUUCCCCCGAACUAAAGGCCGCGUGUCGAGCUGCUGCUGCUCAUUGUAAAGAGAAAGUAAAGAAUAUUUCAAAAUUAGCCAUGCAAUACAGCUUAUCUAAUAAGGAUAUCUCAACAAUCUUGGUCGGGAUGAACUCGGUCAAACAGGUUGAUGAAAACAUAGAAGCUGCACUUGAACUAGUGAAAGUUGGAAAGGAUGAACAGACACUUGCAGAAAUCGAAGGCAUUCUGAAGCCCGUAAAAAAUCAGACAUGGCCUAGUGGCAUUCAGCAAGGUUGAUAAGCUAAGUUUUUCAGGACCCGUUGUUUAUGUACCAAAACACAAUAUAAAAUUUGUAUUUUUCCCAAGUUUUCAUAUGGACUUGGCCAUCUUGUUAUGGUGAUUUUAAUUCAUAAUUGCAUUUGUCUAUAAAGCCCACCAUAUGUUCAUUGAGAUCAAGAAGUUGUGUUUUAUCUUUUGGUGCUUGUAAUUUUAUAUGUCAAAGUAUAUUGUUUUGAAGUAACGUCUGUAGGUUUGGACUUUUAUCCAUACCUUUUAAUGUUUACAAAACUAUAAAACACAUUGUCA